CAGGUUGCACCAUGGGACGGCUUGAUGGAAAGGUGAUAGUGCUCUCUGCUGCAGCUCAAGGGAUUGGCCGAGCAGCUGCUAUUGCUUUUGCUAAGGAAGGAGCCCAGGUCAUUGCUACUGAUGUCAAUGAGUCCAAACUUCGAGAACUAGAAGCAUUUCCAGGCAUUCAAGUUCGGGUGCUGGAUGUCACCAACAAAGGGCAAAUUGAGAAUCUGGCCAAGGAAGUGAAAAAAAUCGAUGUUCUCUGUAAUGUUGCAGGAUAUGUACAUCACGGAACCAUUUUGGAUUGUGAGGAAAAAGACUGGGACCUUACAAUGACGGUCAAUGUUCGUAGCAUGUAUCUGAUGAUCAAAGCAUUCCUUCCUAAGAUGCUUGAGCAGAAAUCGGGUAACAUUAUCAACAUGUCUUCGGUGGCAUCCAGUAUCAAAGGGGUUCCCAACCGGUGUGUCUACAGCACCUCAAAGGCUGCAGUGAUUGGUCUCACCAAGUCCGUCGCAGCUGACUUCGUUGACCAAGGCAUCAGAUGCAACUGUGUUUGUCCUGGCACUGUUGACACUCCUUCUCUACGCGAGAGAAUCCAGGCCAGGCCUAAUCCCGAACAGGCACUGAAGGACAUGGUGUCCAGGCAAAAGAUGGGUAGGCUUGGUACAGCCGAAGAAGUAGCCCACCUCUUUGUGUAUCUGGCUUCUGAUGAAUCAGCCUAUGUGACGGGCAACGAAUGCAUUAUUGAUGGUGGCUGGAACCUGUAACUUGCUUUUCUGAAGAUUCUUGUUGCAAACG